AUGACAAUAAACUGUAACGACUUGCAACCUCGAGAGCCCUCUCUUUAGCACAGAUCAAUCAAGUCAGGAACCUCUCGAAAGAAAGAAAAAUGCCGUGGGAUUCUGUUGAAGUGGGAUUAGCAGGAGGCGAAGAAACAGUUAAUUUUGGACCAAGAAAUGAAAGCGGUUCGUCGUUAUAUCAAGUUGAUACUUUGGCGAGCGUGUCAGCCGGAGGAGAGAUACAGAGUUGUCCUCAUAUUUGUGGUGCUUCCUGUUCAGAGGGAUUUUGUUUUGUUGCUUCAUCACAAGUGAUCAUGUUCGAUGCAAGUUGCAAUGAUGUUCUUGCAACAUUAAAUUUUGAAUGUGAGAUUGAUUGCAUAGCAUGGAGUGAAGAUUCCUUGUUUCUUGCCAUUGGUGAAAGGUCAGGAACUUUUCACUUUGUCCAUUCAGCAUCAAGGCAAAUACUGUUUUCUCAGGAGCUUGAAUCCAAUGAGAAUUUAAAAUGCAGUGAACCUACCCUUAUUUCUAUGUUGUUUACAACUCCUAAAUGUGAAGGAGGCUGUAAGCUAGUGAUUUUGUCAGCCUCAGGCGUGAUCACUCAGUUUUCCAAUCUUUACUUGGAAAAGUUAAAUGAAGCUAUUGUCGGAGGACAGUUUGAAUUUGUCACUAAACUAAAAGGGUUGAUACAAGUGGAAUCCAUUGAUGCUGGUGUUGUUCAUCAAGAGAAGAUAACAGGCAUUACUGUUGGACAGCUUUGGGAUUCUCCUGUCUACAUAACUUAUGGUGAAGGGGAUGCAGCCAUUGCAGUCUGGGCCAGCCAAGGAGAGGGAGGAAUUUCUCUCAUGGAUUCGAUCAGCUCAUACAUUCUAGGGGGCUCUUAUGUUGUUAAAGCAAAUAUGUCAAGUAAUGGUCACUUUCUUGUUGUUCUAGAUGACAAGAAUAUGCUAAGCUUGUGGAAUGUUUCGUCUUUGACAAUGAUUGCAUUCUGGCCUCAUCUCAGCAUAGAAGACUUUUUAUUAUUAAGUUCCAGUAAUAUUCAAACUCCUGGGAUGUCCAAAAGUGAUGAUGAAUAUAAGCUAGUUGUGCUUACAACAGCAGAAAGUCAGGUACAGAUGCGCUAUCUUCAAGUAUACACAUUUCCUACCAUGAAGUCAGUGUAUUCUCUGCAGGUUUCUGGGUGCUCCCUAUUAGCACAGUGUCCAACUACUCAGGAGUCAAUCUUUUUCAUAGAGGGGGUCUACCAAAACCCACAUGACAGAACAAAUGAUGUGAGACAGAUUUCUAGCAUAAGAAUCAGAUCCCUUACAGAAGCCCUCCCUGAAAACAGGUUGUCCCGAUUGCUUCACAAGCAGAAAUUUGAUGAAGCUUUGAGGUUUGCAAAACAGUUCAAUCUGGAUAUUGAGCUUGUGUACAAAGUCAAGGCUAACUGGCUGCUUGAUAAAGUGUCACCAUGGAAUUACAAAAGCAACCAUGGGAAAGAAAACAAUGCAUUGGAGGGAUUUUCUCUCACAGAACUUAAGGAUUGCCUCACUCAAAUAAAGGAUGAUGAAUAUGUCUGCAGAUGCUGUUUGCAAGCUUCCCUUCCCAGUCUUGAUGAGACAUUUGAUCUGUUGAGCUAUGCUAGAAAGCGGAUUUCCAGCAACAAUGGAGUGCAAAGCCAAAAGGAAGGUCCCUGUGGUAAACCAUCACAAUUAUUGACUGAGGUCCUCGAGGCAUUGGAUAGACUAGCAACUUUUGAGAUGGCCUUUGGUGUUGAAAAUUUUAGUGGCCCCCAGUGGCAGUACUUUGCCUCUGCUGAUCUCCUUGUUGAACUGACAAAAUGCCUGCUUUCCAGCAAGGUGACCAGUGCAGUCAUCAUUUGGAGAAGACAUCAGAGUCAUUUUGUAACUCAGUUUAGCAUGGAAAAAUUGGAGUCUUUAAUUGGCUCCAUUCCUGAAGACUUACACUCUUCCAUAGUAAUUCCUUGGCUACAAGAUGACCUUGUGCCAUUUAUCAGUAAGGCGUUUCCCUCGGGUCUGCGGAUGCUCGCGAGUUGGUUGGAGCAAAGAGCUAAAAAUAUGGAGCUUUCUGAGAAGGAAGGUUGGCCUCAAAAUGCUUUGCAACUUGCGAGUGUCCUGUUGAAUGCAUCAAAGUCAGUUUCAGGGAGUGCAUCAGGAAGAGGUCUUGCCACACCUGCGCAGUUUGCAGAUCAGGUCUGCGGUCUUCCUGCAACAGCAAGAGCACUUUUUAAGGAUACCAAAAAUAACUUGGAUGUUGCUGAUGAAUUAGCCAGUUUAAUGAAGUUGGUUCAGCAGUUGGCUGAUCUUGUUGAUCUUCACACCAAAUACUCCUGUAAAAUAACGCUGGCAGAAUUUUCACAGGAAACCGUAGCAACAAUUGUAUUUCGCCUGCUGGACCGUGUAGUGGCCGCCGAACUCAUUCCGAGUGCAAUCGCCAAAUAUAUAGCACCGUACAUGGUUCAUCACAGCCUUGAUAGGGACACUAUGCUUCUACGUUACAUAGAGCGAAAAUCAGANUGCAUCAAAGAAAAAGAGGUCCGUUGCAAAGCUACUCUGGAUGUCAUGCGACAUGCUAUGAUACCUUGGAGUGAGAGUGUUGAGAAACUGGUCACCGAAUUCAUGGCAGCCUAUCCGAAUGAUAUGAACCUAAAGGAGCAGUAUAGACUUGUCGAGCUUAAAAAGAUGCUUUCUCAAUAUCGAAUCAGAAGCUUUCACGUAUCUUACGCGGCACGAGCGAAGGCAAUAACAAGGUAUAUUUUGACCAGAGACCAACCAAAUGUGAUGGAAGACGCUCUGAAGGUGGUAACAUCAUACAGUCAUGUUACAGAAGACGAAGCUUACGCCUUUCGACUUCAGAAAUUGUGUCGUGAGAACAAGAUUCCAGCCUGUUUGGAUUUGCUAGAGUCAGUUCCCUUACCGCAAGCAGAACAGUAUGCGCAUGAAUUGGUGACUUGGCUCAGUGGAAUUCUUGAAAAUGACUUCAGUGAUACGAAGGAAUUCUCUUCAGAGAAGGUCGUGGCUGCACAAGCAGGGGUUGCAGUCUUGAAGUUCAUGAAGAAGCACAACCUUUCAUCGAUUGUCGACGUAGAUGAUUCGCUGUCUACUCUGCAAAUGAUUUCUGCUCUUCAGAGAGAAUUUUCAACAUUCCUCUCUGUCGAGGAGUCUCAGGUUCCUGACGUUCGGCAAGGAUUAUUUGACCAAUAUCUUCAACUGUAUAUAGAUUCUCGCGAAAAGAAGCACGGUGACGUGGAUGAAAAGCAUGAUUCACAAAAAGUUGGUAGCGGGGUUUCCUCUGAUGUGGGACAAGUGACGUUGACUAAACUUUUCAGGUUAGGAGAGUUGGUGGGAAUGUCAAAGGAGGAUGUCAGACUGACAUUGAUGUCGAAAACAAUAUCUUCAGGGAAUAUCUCGUAUGCUCUUGAUAUGUGCAGGGAGCUGAUUGAAAGAGCUCCGUGUGCAAGAACUGCCUUGACCUUGUACAAAGUCGCUCUCAAUCUUUGUGAGACGCUUGCAGAAGGACACUCCUUAGUUACGGAUGAGAACGAGAACAUGUAUCACUUGACUCACACGAUACAUCAGCUCUUGUCUCAAGCGUCAACUCACUGUUCAGCGGAUUUGCUGUGUGACUGCAGUGAGCUGUGCAAGUAUUGCCGUUUGACAGACUCUGUGUACUCACAAUGUGAGAGUGGUGAUUAUGGAUUUUCCGUCCAGACAACUCCACUAAGCUCAAGCCAGGAUCCUUUUCUGGAAUGGACAUUUGGUAAUAGGUUCAGGGAAGACUGCCUAGUGCUAGAUUCCUUUGUUGCUCUGCCCUUAGCUGCAAAGCUCAGCAUGGCUGCUGUUCCAGAAUCAAAAGCAGCUGAGAGUGGCGAAGUGGACAAUCAGCCUUCAUAUUUGAUGCUAACCAGCAAUGCUGGACUUAACAUUAUCAGACACCUCCAAGAAAACAGCCUCUGUGAGUUGGCUUUACAGUAUUUACUUCAGACGCUUGGCGUUUGUCUGCAACAUUUUGCGGUGAACAGCAUGCUUGGUAACGACAAGGAGGAUCAAAAGAGCAGCGAAAAUGAGAAACAGAGGCUGGCGAAAAUUGCUACAAUGAGCAUUAAAAUGAUUCACGAGCUUUCUGGAAACCUGUUGAGGAAGGUAUUCAAUUAUCGAUCAGUUGAUCAUGACGUGGGUCUUGGUUACCUGUGUUCCAUACCAAAACAGACUGCCUUUCAGUUCUUGGUAUCUGGAACUAAUUUUCUUGGUCAGAGCUGUACUAAAAUUCUGGCUUUUGCCAGGGUUGGCAUAGACUAUGCUCAGCUGUGUAAUGAACCUGCUGUUCUGCAAAAGUGCCAGGAGAUAUUCACCAAUGCCACAUGGGGAAUGAAACUUGGCCGACUAAAGAUGUCACUGAAGGACGUGUACAAAAGCGACCGACAAGAGAAGUUGGCUAUUUUACCAGACCUGAUGCAAAAACAACAGAUUAGCCUCGAGAUGAUUUUGGAGUUUUGCAGGGCGUUUAAACUGGACGAAGAUAGUGCUUUGUUGACAUAUGUAAGACAGCAACUGCUUCCACCCUCCCCUCGCUCUCCGCUGGUAGUUUCACAAGACGGCAUGGAAGAAUUGAGUUAUCAAAGGAAUGUGCGGAAAGUAGUCCAUAAAAUUUCCUGCUCAAGUUCUCUUCUUAAAUUGUUGGUGGAAGUAGGGUCAAAGGUGGAUCCGUAUGACUAUGAUACAAUUCUGUUCAUACUCAACCUGGUUAAGGAACUCUCUCAGGGAGAGGAAACUGCUUCAACCGUUGACAAGGGUAUUCAGUUAUUGGACUACCUAUACCAAUACGAGCGCAAAGCAGUACCAUCCAGUUAUGAGAGAUCGUUUUACAGUUCAUCGCAGAAUGCUGACAAUGAAAAGGCCACCUUGGACAACAAUAAACCAUUGUCCGUAAUGUCGACAACUAGGCUCCCAUAUCAUUCUCUGCUCUACGGGAAUCCAUGGAAAGUUCUCGCUCCUGAGUUGUCUGAGGAAACAGUUCCAAAGCUUUUAGGCAUUGCUAAUUUGCUCAAGCUUUCCAGCGAUGAGAUGUACCUAACAGCAAUACGUAACCUAGUGCGAUCUUCGGCCGGUCCAGCGGCUCCAAGUAAUCUUGAUAGUGAUCCCAACAUAAAUGAUCUGAGCGUGAAUGAAGCACCGAGCCAGUUGGUGAAGAACUACAAAAGCGAAAAGGCAAAGAGUAUGCUGUAUGCUGUUAACAACAAGGAGAUGGCCAUAGCUGCUGCAAAGUGGAUUGCCCAGCAUCUACCUCUCGGUGAGGAGAAAAUAGUUAUGCUGAAGACUUGUGUUGACCUUGCAAAGGCUUGGAAAUCAGAGUGUUCUGAAAAGGAUGAAGAGAAGGCCAAACUCACCCAUAGCCGCUUGUUAGAGCUGUGUCGGGGCGUGGCCACUGAACAUGUGCUUCACAAAUAUAAUAUUGUGGACCCUUCCAUUGCUCCUUUAACAAGUAAACCGGCUAAACUUGUUUGUCAGCUGUAUGAGAAAUAUGGAGCUAGGGAACCAGGCACUGCUCACCAACCGCCAGACAUCCACAAAACUGCAGAGGAAAUCGCAACUGUGAACAAUACCAAGAUAGAGAAGAUCAGGCUCUUUUUAAUUGAGAAAUGGUUGCCCUCUUCAGCUCAAACAUCGGGGGACACGGAGUUGAUCUCACCUGUGAGUGAGGAAAAUUAUGAAAAUGAGGAAGACGAGGUUAUUUACAUCAUGGAAAGCAGCCGAGACCAACAAACAGCCGUUACAUUCCUUCUUAAUCUUGCAAACAAGAAUGGUUCCUCGAGUACCUGUCGUCUUCGUGCGCUCCGAACUCUUUUCGCCAUCGCCCCAGGAGAAUUUAUUGAAAAACUGUGCAAAACUUCAGUUAGUGUGAUCAGACAACAGAUGCAGGCUCUUGUUUGUCUCGCGGAGCUUGAAGGAUUACACAUACAGCAAUCAGCGAGCGCGUUUGACAAAUGCAACAAAGAAGGGCUGGUGCGAGGACUGUGGAGAAACCAUAAGCAUGAGAAGAAGGCUGUACGUCUUGUUGCGGACUUGUGUCUAGACAAUAAUAUACAUGAUCCUCAGUUGUGGAACAGUGUUCUACAGCAGCUUCUAGCUUUUGGAAUGAUAAAAUAUCUUCGUCGAGUUCUUGUUAACUUAGCUGGGAUUUCUGACCUGUGGCAGGUUCGCUGUUUGCCUCAAGUGUGGAGAAGUGUGUUAAUAGCCCCCUUCAAAUCAGUUUCGACACCGUUAUCUGAGGAGGAGGUCGCUGCUUGUGAAGAAUCUGCAUCGCUACUGCAGAGAUGUCCUCUCCUCCUCGACCUUGAUGUGUACUCCAUCGCUGUGCAGUUCCAUAAAGUUGGUCUCCAGGCCCACUCGCUGGCUUGUCUCCUGCUAAUCCCGUUAAGUAGUGCGCGAGAAAAACAUAUUCAGGCAUUGCUGGAGACAAACUGUGUGAAUGUUAUUCUUGCUCAAUUGGACGAACAACGUCAAAGAGGUAACACAUUAAUCCAACCUGAUGCUGUGGAACAGGAAGUGUUUAAAUAUGUCGAACGAAAACAAGAGUAUCAAAUACUCCUCGGUACAGCUUAUUUUGACAAGUUGCUUAAAUUCCUCAUCAUGGGCAAAAAUAUAAACGGAAUUCUACUCAAGACAAUACAAGCUAGCAGGUUGGAAAAUGCAACACAGCUUGUCCAACUUUUUCACCAAGCACAUCCUGAUAUACCGUCGGCACAAUAUGUAGCAUCUCACCAGAUGAAAGGGUUUGACGAACUUUGGACGUUUCUGGAGAUGCACGGGAUGUUGGACGCCUGUCUACCAUUUCUUCCAAAGUUAGACGCCGAGCAAAAGGAUAAUGAGACUACAGGACAUCAGACCCAGUCCUUUUGGGUUCAAGAAGGGGAAGAAACAAUUGAGCAAACAAUGGAACAAAGUGCUAUCGAUGAUCAGCGUGACCACUUUAUGAUCACGCUUACAGAAGAUUGCAGUAUGGAGGUCCCCCUGUAAUAAGCGCACCAGCAGUGCCUGUUUCUCUUUUCUGUGUAAGCCGGGUUAAAAUUGAUACAAGGUAAAAUGGAGAAAAAAAAUAUGCAACGGAAGUUUUGUAGAAAAUUGUGGAAUAGAUUGUAUCCUAAGAUAUCUUUGGACUGAUUAAAAGCGCACUU